AUGACUGAGAGCAUCGACAUCGGCGAAGCUCUUAAGACUUAUGUCAAGGAUGAAUCCCCCAGGGAGGGGCCCGGUGACACAACGCCAUUCGCUGGAAAUGGCCCUAUGGACUUCUUGCGGCCGCAGGCCAGUGCUCAUCCCCGUCCACGUUCACCCUCCCCUGUCCAGUUCGAGGGCCUGAACCUUGAGAUUGAAGUCGAUCCUGGGGAUGCUUGUGCGGACAGGAGUUUGGGACACGGGGCUUUUGGCGCUGUGGAGACGGCAGCCUAUGUGGACGAGAAUGGUGUGCGCCAUCAGGUGGCUGUUAAGUAUGCAGACAGCCUGGAGGAGGGCAAGGCCCAUGAGGCGCUGCACAAUGAGCUGCGAGUCUUCAGCGCUGUGGGUCACCACCCAAAUGUGAUACGCUGUUUCGGGGGCAGGCUCAACUGUGGCAGCCGCCGGCCUGGGGGUGCGAGGCUCUGUGUGGUGCUGGAGCUCAUGCAGAGGAACCUCGCCGAUUACCUGUACUCCCCUGAGUUCGAGGAGUGCACGUACAGGACGAGCCUGAAGAUGUGCCUGGACUUGGCAGAAGGCCUGAUGUGGCUGCACUCAAAGAACAUCAUCCACUAUGACCUGAAGCCUCAGAACAUAUUGCUGGCAGAGGACAUGACCGCCAAGAUUGCGGAUUUUGGUGAGUCGCAGCUGCGUUGCGCCAGGACCAUAACGGCCGAGUUCCGGGGCACCCAGAACUACAUGGCCCCCGAGAUACAGAUGUCCAGGUACUACAACAAGCUGCGGGGCACCAAGAAGGCGGACAUCUUCUCUUUUGGGGUGAUCCUAUGGGAGUGUGUCACGGCCAAGAGGCCUCCCUCCCCAGAGGACGUCUUCCUCGGCAAGAGGGGCACCAGGCGGGGCGAGGUUCGGAUCGGCACCUCGCUGCUGACGGUGGGCGAGGGGUGCCCGACGGGCAUCGUGGAUCUGAUCGCCAGGUGCACAGACCUGUUGAUCGACAAGCGGCCAACCAGCGAGGAGAUCCGAGACGAGCUGGAGGCGCUGCUGACAGAGCCGUGGGUGGACAACCUGAUCUUGCCCACCAGGGUCAAGCCCAGUCCCAAAGAGAUCCAGCCUGCGGCGAGCAGCAGUGAGAGGAACCGCUGCACAGGCGAGGCGAAGAUCGAGACGGCGAUGCUGGCUGCCCGGAGGGACCUGACGGCAGACGAGCUCAGGAUGAGGGGCCUUGCAUUGAGUGAGGGUCCUUUCUCAGCAGUAGAGCAGGCUGUGUACACUGACUGUGAGGGUGAGCGGCAUGAUGUGCUCGUGAAAUUCGCGCGGCAUCCCUGCCUGUGGCGAUGCUUCAAGGACGAGCUGGACAGCUUUGCGCAGGUGCCAGGGCCACAGCAUGGCUCCCUAGCGCGGUGCUUUGGCGGGAAGGUGGGCACGGUGGACUGGGAGGACGACGUGGUGCCAGUCCCUGGGCAGGUGUUCAUAGUGGAGGAGAUGUACGACAUGAGCCUGGACCACUUGAUCCAUCAGGACUACAGUAUCCGGCUGUUCAAGGCCAAGGAGGGUAGGGUUGACUUGGAUGGGUCCAAGCUCCUGGCAAUCCUGGCAGAUGUGGCAGACGGCCUGGCCCACCUUCACGCCCACGGCAUCAUCCACUACUUCGUCUGCCCAAGGAACAUCAGGGUGGAUCGGUCUGGAGGGGCCAAGGUGGGGGGCUUCCACCUGUCGUCUCUGCGGACCAAGGCAACAUGCUGCACCUCCGACUGCAGUGAGGCGCUCGAGGGGUACGACCUGCCGGUCGGGUACAUGGCCCCAGAGCUGGUGCUCAGCAACUACGACCAGACAAUGAACAUCACCAGCAAGGUGGAUGUUUACUCCCUGGGCGUGGUGAUGUGGGAGGUGGCCACACUGAAGGACCCGCCAGGCAAGGCGGGCACGACCACCUUUGGGAAUGCCAGUGUCGUCAACUCAGCGACGUGCUUUGGUAGGCUGUUCCAGCUGGACGAUGGCGUGCCUGAAAAGCUGAGGACGCUCAUCCAGGACUGCCUGAAAUACGAUCCGGCCGAGCGGCCCACUUGCAGCGAGGCCAAGGCCAGGCUGGAGGGUGUGAAGGGGAACACAGUGUGGAAGCUGGUGCCUGACGACUAUGAGCUCCCGUCCCAUCACUCCGACGGGGCCAUAGCACUGCAUUUUCAGGACUGCAUUCCACCUGCACUUGCCCACUCCUGCAAUCUUGGGCUCGGGAAAAGGCAGGUCAGCCAGAUGCAGUCCAUCUGUGAGAGCGACAAGACGGGGCAGAGCACAACGAGCGGCAGCAGUGGGGGCUGCGCCCUGUGCAGUCAGUCUGAGGAUGCCGAUGGGGUCGAGCAGCGGGUCGAGAUCACCGGCCGCAGGAGCGCCCCCUCCGAGCUCUUCCACAACAUUUUGGCCAAGACGCUGUCGUUCUGUUGGCGAGCCUUUCCCGCGAUGCGUCCGGGGGCGGGUCGGUAG